AUAGUUACCAUCAUCAACUCAACAUAUCAGAGACCAAUUAAUAGUCAUAUAUAACAGCAAUCCAAAAAACACAGACAAGCAAUAGAGAGUGUGAGAGAGGGAGAGAGAGCUACAUUUGCAUGGAGAUUACUUCUAUUAUUAUAUACAUAUUCCUCUCUCUCUCUACUCUAUUUUCUUACCUCCUGAUCAAGAAAAAAAGAAACGAAUCAAAACCAAGAGCUAAGCUUCCUCCAGGAUCAAUGGGUUGGCCUUAUGUAGGUGAAACUCUGCGACUUUACUCCCAAGACCCAAAUGUCUUCUUUGCUACAAAGCAGCUAAGAUAUGGAGAAAUAUUCAAAACUCACAUACUUGGUUGCCCUUGUGUUAUGUUGGCUAGUCCUGAGGCUGCAAGAUUUGUUCUUGUGACUCAUUCUCACUUGUUCAAGCCAACAUAUCCCAAGAGCAAGGAAAGGCUAAUUGGACAAUCAGCUCUCUUUUUUCAUCAAGGUGAUUACCAUAAUCGCCUGAGAAAAAUUGUUCAAGGUUCUUUAUCCCCAGAAACAAUCCGAAAACUCAUUCCGGAUAUUGAAUUCUUUACCAAUUCUACCUUAGAAUCAUGGGCUAAUGGGCAAAUCGUCAACACCUAUCAUGAAAUGAAGAAGCUUUCUUUCCAAGUGGGCAUUCUUUCAAUUUUUGGUCUCUUAAGCAACAACUAUAGAGAGAAGCUAAAUGAGAAUUAUCAAAUAAUGGACAAGGGCUAUAACUCUCUUCUAACAAAAAUUCCUGGAACUACUUAUCAAAAAGCACUUUUGGCAAGAAAAAGAUUGAAUCAAAUCCUGGGAGAGAUCAUAAGUGAAAGGAAAGAGAAAAAGCUGUUGGAGAAGGAUCUAUUGAGUCGUUUUCUUAAUUUCAAGGAUGAAAAUGGAGAAAUAUUAAGUUUAGAUCAUAUUGCUGAUAAUACUAUAGGAGUACUUUUUGCAGCUCAAGACACUACUGCUAGUGCUUUAACAUGGAUUCUGAAAUUCCUUCAUGAUGAUCAGAAACUCUUAGAAGCUGUUAAGGCUGAGCACAUGGCAAUAUAUGAAGUGAAUAAAAGAGGAAAGAAGUCCUUGACAUGGGCACAGACAAGGAAUAUGCCACUUACUUAUAGGGUAAUACUAGAGAGUUUAAGAAUGGCAAGCAUUAUAUCUUUUUCCUUCAGGGAAGCAAUAAUGGAUGUUGAAUAUAAGGGAUAUUUAAUACCAAAUGGGUGGAAGGUGAUGCCACUGUUCAGGAACAUUCAUCACAAUCCAAAGUUCUUUCCUGAUCCUCAUAUUUUUGACCCAUCAAGGUUUGAGGUUCCUCCAAAACCCAAUACCUUCAUUCCAUUUGGCAAUGGAGUUCAUGCUUGUCCUGGUAAUGAACUUGCUAAGUUGGAGAUGCUAAUCAUGAUCCAUCAUCUAGUAACCAAAUUCAGGUGCGAAGUGGUGGGAUCAGGAGAUGGAAUUCAAUAUGACCCAUUUCCAGUGCCCCAGAAAGGACUACCAGCCAGAUUUUGGCCAGAAACAAAUUGUCUUAAUCAAGAUUAAGAUUGAACUAAUUUGUCCCUUAAUUAUGAUUUCUCAUUCACAAUUUUUAAUUACUAGCCUUAAUUUCCCAUCCCAAAGUCCAAUCCCAUUAUUUUUUUUUCAUGGGCACCCAUCUAUAAUAUUUAUUAUGUACCCUUUGUUAUCACUUGCAUUUAUUGCAUCUAAUUGUAAUCUAGAUCCUUUGACUAUGUUUAUGUAAUGAAACUUCAGUGUUUAGGUCUUACAGCCACAUGAUAUAUUGUGAUUGAUCACAUAAA